CGUGGCGACAUGCCGGCCACCCACAUCAUCUUCUUCUCCUCCUCCGAGCUUUGACCGGCCGGGUGCUCGUGGUCUUGCUCGGCUCGGCGUCUCCCUCUCGACUCCCGAGACAAAGGUGCAGAGCAGGAGUGGAAAAAAUGGCGAGCGUGGUCGCCUCGAGGUGUUGGGGGCUCCUUCUCCCGGCGAGCCUCGCCGGAGUCCGCCGCCGCUCGUCCCCGUCCUCUUCCCUCCGCCUCCGUCCGCGGCGGGGCCAGCGACGGCCGAGGACCCUCGCCUGCGUCGCGACGCCCGACUCCGCGGAGCCACAGACGGAUGAGCAGGCUGUGAAAUCUGAGUCCACCGAAGAAGAGGCUCAGACAAGUAGUACACCCCAGGAUGCUGGACCUCCGCCUCUUCCAAAUAAGGAUCUGAACAGAAGGGUGGCACUACUCUCUACUCUUGGGGCAGUGGCUCUCUUUGCAUCACAGAGGCUCGAUCUUGGUCAGGCUUCUCUCAAAGAUCUUGCAGCCAAUGCGGUAUCUUAUGAAGAGGCUCUUUCAAAUGGCAAGCCCACUGUUGUUGAGUUUUAUGCAGAUUGGUGUGAAGUUUGUCGAGAGUUAGCUCCGGAUAUCUACAAAAUUGAGCAGCAGUACAAAGAUCGUGUAAAUUUUGUCAUGUUGAAUGUUGACAAUACAAAGUGGGAACAAGAGCUUGACGAGUUUGGAGUAGAAGGCAUUCCUCAUUUUGCCUUUCUGGAUAAGGAAGGAAAUGAGGAAGGCAAUGUUGUUGGGAGACUUCCAAAACAAUAUUUUCUUGAGAACGUGGUUGCACUUGCUUCUGGUGAUCCCAGUAUACCUCAUGCACGAGUUGUUGGUCAGUUCUCGAGCGCAGAUUCUAGGAAAGUUCAUCAAGUUGCUGACCCCAGAAGUCAUGGCUAGCAGUUCUAGUUAUAACGUCAGAAGACAGGACUCAGGACCAUUUGACAAGAGGCGAUUCUAGGAAUACUAUGUGCACAUUCAGUCUUGGUACCAAGUUUGCGGGCGUUGGGAAGAGCUGAACGAUUGCAGAAAACCCCAUAAGAAAAAGCUACAACAAGCGUGUAUUCGGAUGUGCCUGAGGAUUCAGGGAUCCAUCUUCAGCACUGAUCUGUCAGUGAUACGGGUAUCGUUGCAUCUCUGCGCGCAUCUUGUACUGCGAAUGCAGAGAUACUACGCUGGUACAACCGCGAGCAUGAAUGUAUUACUGGCUUAUGAAAGGUGGUCCCUCGAAUUCUUCACUGUGUAACACAUGCGUGUACUACUUUCAGUUGAAAAGGGGUACCAUCUUGAUCGAUCUUGAUCGAUCUUAAUCGACCA